CUGCACUACGGGACCCUGCUGGGCAGCAGAGCUUGUGCCACCAUGGCAGCAGCUGCCUGCGGCACGGGGCUUCUCUAUUCCCUGCUGCACACUGCCAAUACAUUUUCUCUGCCUCUGUGCCAAGGCAAUGCUGUGGAUCAGUUCUUCUGUGAAAUCCCCCACAUCCUCAAGCUCUCCUGCUCAGAUGCCUACCUCAGGGAAGUUGGGCUUAUUGUGCUUAGUGUCCCUAUGGAGUUUGGGUGUUUUGUCUUCAUUGUUGUGUCGUAUGUGCAGAUCUUCAGGGCCGUGCUGAGGAUGCCCUCUGAGCAGGGACGGCACAAAGCCUUCUCCACGUGCCUCCCUCACUUGGCUGUUGUCUCCUUGUUUCUCAGCACUGGUAUGGUUGCCUAUUUGAAACCCCACUCUGUCUCCUCCCCCUCUCUGGAUCUGGUGGUUUCAUUUCUGUACUCUGUGGUGCCUCAAGCACUGAACCCCCUCAUCUACAGCAUGAGGAACCAGGAGCUCAAGGAUGCUCUUUGGAAACUGAUGACCAAACGUCUUUUGAAAGCAAUGAACUGCCCAUCUUUAUCUGUAUAGGACUUGUAAUGUAG